UGGUUUCGUCUGCCCUGUUGUCGACGGCAGAGCCAAAGGCGAUCCAGAGGGGGGGAAAAAAGUCGAACUUUUGCAAAUUUUCUUUAAAAUACUUGUGAAUUCAUUAAGAUUGUUAGCUUUUAUUUUAAAGUAUGGCCUCGGAAGUUGCACAGCACCCGGAUAAAGGAGCCCGGCCCUUGUCUCUAGCUGGCCAUGUAGGCUUUGACAGCCUUCCAGAUCAGCUUGUCAACAAGUCCAUCAGCCAGGGCUUCUGCUUCAAUAUAUUAUGCAUUGGUGAGACUGGUAUUGGGAAAUCCACAUUGAUGGACACCCUAUUUAAUACAAACUUCGAGAAUUUUGAGUCAUCCCACUUUGAACCUCAAGUGAAGUUGCGGGCUCAAACAUACGACCUGCAGGAGAGUAACGUCAGGCUACGCCUCACUGUGGUCAACACUGUUGGCUUUGGAGACCAAAUGAACAAGCAAGAAAGCUAUCAGCCGGUGGUGGACUACAUUGACAAGCAGUUUGAGAGUUAUCUUCAGGAGGAGCUAAAAAUCAAGCGCUCUUUGCACAACUACCAUGACUCACGAGUCCACGCCUGUCUUUACUUCAUCUCCCCCUCUGGUCACUCCCUUAAAUCCCUGGACCUGGUUACAAUGAAGAAACUUGACAGUAAGGUAAACAUCAUCCCAGUCAUCGCCAAAGCCGACACGAUCAGCAAGAGUGAGCUGCACAAGUUCAAGAUCAAGAUCAUGAGUGAGCUGGUCAGCAACGGCGUGCAGAUCUACCAGUUCCCGCUGGAUGAUGAGACCGUGGCCAAAGUCAACACUACCAUGAAUGGUCAUCUUCCAUUUGCUGUGGUCGGCAGCACAGAGGAAGUUUCCGUUGGGAAUAAGAUGGUGAAAGCUCGUCAGUAUCCAUGGGGCGUUGUCCAAGUGGAGAAUGAGCACCACUGUGACUUUGUGAAGCUGAGGGAGAUGCUCAUUUGUGUAAACAUGGAGGACCUUAGAGAGCAAACCCACACGCGUCACUAUGAGCUUUACAGGCGCUGCAAACUGGAGGAAAUGGGAUUCAAGGACACGGACUCGGAGUGUAAACCUGUCAGCUUACAGCAGACAUACGAGGCCAAGCGUCAGGAGUUCCUGGCAGAGCUGCAGAAGAGAGAAGAUGAGAUGAGACAAAUCUUUGUGCAGAGGGUGAAGGAGAAGGAGGCGGAGCUGAAGGAGGCUGAGAGGGAGCUGCAGGGCCGCUUUGAGCAGCUGAAGCGCCAGCAUGCAGACCAGAAAUCGGCUCUGGAGGAAAAGAAGAAGCUUCUGGACGACGACCAAAGCUCUUUCAAUAAGAGGCGAGCCGCCGCUCAGCUCCUGCAGGCUCAGAGCUUCACCGUCAACGGCAAGAAGGACAAGGAUCGCAAAAACUCUGGCUUCAUGUGAGGAUUUUUGGAUCUGAAAUAACCUUUGUUACCAGUAUAACCUGUGGCAUUCUGUCCACCUCCUCUUCACCGGGUUUCCAACAAUAACAAGGAAAUCACACAAAACUGCAUCAUGUGUGAACUCAAGCUGCCAAAGUUUUAGACUGACUCCAAAAAUCUCAUACCUUCCUUUCUUCACUGUAUUUUUAAUCAGUCUUGUAGCUACUUCUUUUUUUUUUUUUUGCUUUUGGUGUAUCAGUUUUUAUAUUUAUCCUCCUUUUUUUAUAUAAAACCAUCCACUUGUUUUUGACUUUUUAUUGUUUCGCUGAGAGGAAACCUUACAUCCUACUCACUACAUGUUUAUGAAGCACACGGGACUGGUACAAAUGUGUUGCUUUGUGGUUGACUUGUUUUCACUGAUUUAUGCUGCAGUGCUUGUUUAAAUUCACACAGACUUUACUGACUUGCAGCACACGUUACCAAGUUGACUUACAUGAAUAUAUCAAAAUCUGGAUACAAACAAAACAGAAUUUAAUAUAGUUUUUGGUUGGAGACAGCCUUUGACUUUACAACAGUAGCAGGUUAUGUUCUUGGUUUAUUUAAAAAAAAAAGAGGAAGUGAAAUGUCAUUAAUUCAACUGGUUAUGGAGGUUACUGUGAUGUAAACGGACAUCCAAAACCCCUUUGAAACCCYAACAACAGUUUGAAUUUUCCUGUUCACUCAUUUUAAGUGAAACGCUGGUGAAACGCUAACAUCUCGUGGCUUUUUUUGUACUGUUUGACUUCAAAGUAGUUUGCACAGAACCACUGUAACAUCUAUAAAAUGUUUAAAUCUGGUUUAAACUUCAGUUUUGUUUAUUGAACAUUGAUUUGCAUUGAAUUGUUUGCAGUUAAAGGGGGCAUUACACUUUGUUGCUUCACUGAAUUUGUAAAAGGAAAAACUGUAGAAGCCAUAUUGUGGACUCAUUUCUGGAUUUUUUAUCUCCAGUGGAUUUCCAGUAGAGCAGCCUUCUUGGAUGGGCUGUGUUGGGCUGAAUUUGGGAUGUUACAGACAUUAUUUAUCUUUGUUUCACUCAUAUAUUUUUUCCCCACUGACUCAGGAUAUUUGCAGUCCUCUGUGUCAGAAAAAGAGCUCAAUCUUUGCUAAACUAUGCAUCAUAUUGUAUAUUUUUUAGGGAGCAAAAGUAUUUCCACAUAUUUGUAUUCACCUUCUGUACUGUAAAACUACAAGGUGUACAUCAGAACACUGUGGUGCUGGUUUCUGAAAAACGUGGUUUAAAAGCCGACAUUGACUCCAUUUUCCUGACACUUUGUUUUGACACUAGUGUUUAAAAAUGUUUGUGCCUUAUCUGUGGGAAACUUAGAAAUACACUAAUGACAUAAAGGAGAAGGGUUUGUUUGAGACACAUUUUUACUACACUUGUUUUUUAAGGAAUAAACAGUAUUAUGUGGGAGCUUUGUUUUUUUUUCUUUUCUCUUUUUAAAUAAAUCUUUGUAUUUUUGUCAUGAAA